AACAAGCCAGUAAUUGUGGUGUCACAAGUUCUUGAGUCGAUGAUCGAAAAUCCUACCCCAACUCGAGCUGAGGUAGCAGGUGUUUCUGAGGCCGUUCGACAAUGUUCUGAUGCUCUGAUGCUAUCCGGUGAAUCAGCAAUGGGAUCGUAUGGUCUAAAGGCUAUAUCCGUGCUACGAAUGGCUAGCACCCGAAUGGAACUAUGGAGCCAUGAGGUGAACCGAGUUCAAAAGUUUCUUCCUCCACUUGGAGUGUCGUUGCUAGAUCAAAUAGCCGAACAAAUCUGCAACUGUGCUGGCCAAAUGGCAAACAAGCUUGAAGUGGAUGCUUUUUUUAUGUACACAAAACACGGAGAAAUGGCAUCACUUUUAUCUCGCAACCGACCAAACCCUCCGAUAUUUGCAUUCACAAAUGAAAACAGCACAAGAAUGGCGUUGAAUUUGCAAUGGGGAGUUGUCCCGAUCGCGUUUGACUUAUCGGAUGAUAUGGGUGCUAAUAUUUCUAGAACCACUGAUCUAAUGAAAGCAAAAGGGAUGGUGAAUGUCGGAGACGCUAUUCUGGUUGUUUCCGACGUGAUUCUAGCGUGUGUGACCCCGGCCGUUUAUCAAUCGCUCAAAGUUAUCGUCAUCGAAUGA